GUCCCAUCGACAAGAGGUGCUUGUGGAUUUGCGCGAAUAAUACCGAGUACGAUUUCGCUGGCGGUAAAGUUUUGGUUGGUGCAUGGCAUCCAACUAGUGCAUAAAACUGAUCAUACAUUAUUCACAGCGCAGUGCAUCGAAAAACCCCAGUUUUGGUUGUUUUAUACGGUUGAUUCCGAGCGGGUGGAGUGGGGUAGGAGUGUUGGAAAUAGUGCUUUUCCACGAACCCCCCGGAUGAAUCACGAAUACGGUGGAGAAAUUUCGCACCGUUCGGCGACGCUGCGAGCAAUUGUUUCGCAGCACGGGAAACAGUGAAAAGUGUGUACUACUUGCAAAGGUUGCCGGAGGCCUUUAGUGACCAUUCGACACGUUGCCAUCAUCGAAUUGGCAUCCGAAUUAGCUUGUUUCCGGAAAAGUGAAUCUACAAAUUGUCAAGUUGGCCCCGGGGCGGCGAUUGUGAUGUGCAAGUGAUGAUAGAGGUCGUGAAAGAUUGGUGAAAUUUUAGAAAAACCAGCCUAACGAAUUCGUCGGUAUUGCAAAUAGAUUACGCCAAUCGGUGGCAGUGAAAAUAAGUUACAACAAUGUAUUUCUACAAGCAAAAACUGCUGCACCCGGUGCAGCUGAAAAAGCUGGGUGAUCACAAGUAUUCGUGCUCGAACGUCAGCCUGAUGGAUCCUUUCCUGCAACCAUGGUGGUGCUGGCUCGUCGCGAAAGUACCGAUGUGGUUGGCACCAAACCUCGUCACCAUUGUCGGACUGAUCAUCAAUAUCAUCACCACACUUAUUCUGAUCUACUACAGUCCCAAUGGACGCGAGGAACCACCAAGGUGGGCUUCUGCCAUGUGUGCUGCCGGUCUCUUCAUCUACCAGAGCCUGGACGCGAUCGACGGCAAGCAGGCCCGUCGAACUAACUCAUCAUCCCCGCUCGGCGAGCUGUUCGAUCAUGGCUGCGACUCGAUCUCGACGGUCUUCGUAGCCCUGUCGGCGUGCAUCUCCGUCCAGCUGGGCUUCUAUCCGCGCUGGAUGUUCUUCCAGUGUUUCUGCGCCAUGACGCUCUUCUACUGUGCCCACUGGCAGACGUACGUGUCCGGUACGCUACGCUUCGGUCGGAUCGACGUCACCGAGGCGCAGUGCACGAUAAUCGGUAUCCACAUGAUAUCGGCCGUUUUCGGUCCAAAGAUCUGGAUGACGAAAAUACCGCUGACCGGUACCACCUGCAACUAUGCCAUCUGCGCUGUCGUUACCUUUGGCUUCGUGCAAAUGUUUGUCACCUUCUGCCAAACGUUCCGGGCCGGUGGGGUCGGCAAAAAUGGUUCAACCGUUGCUGGCACCAGCGUCCUGUCACCGAUCAUCCCGUUCCUGUUCGUAGUCGUCCCUGCGUACGUCAUCUCGCAAAAGUCGACCGAUCAUAUCUACGAGAACCAUCCUGCGCUCUACAUCAUGGCGUUCGGUAUGAUCACGGCCAAGGUGACCAACCGACUCGUGGUCGCCCACAUGACCAAAAGCGAGAUGGAGUACCUUGACUGGGGACUGAUUGGACCUCUGUGUCUGUUCCUGAACCAGUACUUCAACUGCUUCCUGCCAGAGUACUACGUGCUGUGGUUCUGCUUGCUCUGGUGCACCAUCGACCUGAUACGAUACUGCGGUCAGGUGUGUCUGGAGAUUUGUGAUUAUCUGAAGAUUGAACUCUUCCGUAUUCCCUUCCCACCGAAGCCGGUUAUGACAUCACAAGGUACGAACCCUGCACAGCUCCAUCCUCGCAUUAAUGAAACCAAAAACGGUACGCAUUGUAUGCUAACCUUUAACACCAAACCAACAACCGUGCAACAACAACAACAACAUCAGCAGCCAUCCUCGGGCCCGCAGCAACAACAGCAGCAACAGUCGAUCAACAAAAAGCAAACGCGUGCUGGCAGUAAAAAGCACGGUUCCCAUCAGUAGACUGAUGGUAGCACGGGAAGAAAGCGAACGCGCUACGUUUAGCAGGACGAGAAUUCUUGGAAGGGAGGGAGGGAAUGGGGAAGAGGGCAUUUUGGAAGUAUCUACACAGUGAAACACCAACUAACGUAGCAUUUGAAGCAACACAUAGGUGCGCUAUUUGGUUAGGGCUUUGGUAGAAGAUUCGAGCUUUACAGAGAACAUGAUUCAAUUUUUCGUUCCUGUCGCAAAUCAAAGGAGGCCGGUGAGCGAUUUGCAAUCGUGUACGAAUCCUUUGAGGUCCUUACUAUGUUAAUCCGCGUUUAUUAGCUGGUGUUGGGAAGCAUCUAAUAUGUUGCUUUUGUUACCAAUAUUACGUUAUGCUUAGCUCUUGCUUUUUUUUUUCUCUUCUUUUAAACAUUUUAGUAUUUACUCCGGGACUAUUCUAUGAUCAAGCGUAACUUACUUCUAUAAUUCGAUAGAAUUUAAACGAACCAUAACUAGCUGGUGGUUUAAUAAUGCGUUGGAAAAGAAUGGUGCGUCAAACAAUAUCUUCUUCGCGCUGUUUCUAGCAAUCAUCCCAAAGCGUGGAGGACAGGCGGAACUAAGGAGAGGCUCACCUGACGUGUUGUUAAUUUAUGUUCCAUUUAUCGUAAAAUUUCCAUCACCCACACCUCCCCAUCUUUGCGCGGCUGUUCCUUUUUGUCUCGUUGGUGCUGAUUCUCUCUCCCCCUCCACCCCUCUACCCACCCUCACCCACCUCAUUUUGUUAGUAAUGGCAAGUCUUUCGUGUGAGAACUUUUAAUAUAACCUCGUCGUCGGCUAGUAUAGCACAAGGCCCUUAGUUAGUACUAAGACGCGCCGUUGAAAAUGCCUGGUGGAUGCUUCCGGUAAGCAUGGAGUGUGGACCGGUCGGGUGUGAAUGUAAUUAUGUGUGUUUGAAGUUAAAUGUGCAACAUGACACAUUACGGAAGUUAGGUUGCCGAAUAGGGGCAACUUAAUAAAGCGAAGGGAGUAAUAUUUUUGUACAAUACACUUUUUAACGGACACAGCGGAGGAAGGAUUUUUGAGGAUGCGGAAGAGAGAGAGAGAGAGAGAGAGCUCAUUUUCUCUUCGGACAGCGCUGCAUCACGAAUUGUUGGAGGGAAGGUUGUGCCGUAGGAAACGCGUACGUUUUGUAAAUGGUUGUGCUCGAACUGAAAUCAACAAGUAUAAAUGAUAAUAACUGUA